CGAUUCCAUAUGGACUUUGAAUAAUCUUAUCUCUUCCUCUGCAUUUUUCCUAUAAAUACACAAAGCCUGCACCUCCAUUAACAGAUGAGAACAUCAUGGGUGGAAGGAAAGCAUACCUGGGGGUUCUUCUUCUUCUCGUGUGCGCUUUGCUGGGAGAUAAUAACGGAGGGCUCGUCACAAGUGCAAAGGCUUGCCCACAGUACUGCUUAGAUGUGGAGUACAUGACUUGCCCUUCCACCGGAGAGCAGCAACUGAGCCCUAAAUGCAAUUGCUGUUUGGCCCCGAAAGGCUGCAUCCUCCACCUCUCCGAUGGAACCUCUGUCACCUGCAGCUGAAGGUGAUGGGCUAUCAUCUUCGGGGUUCAUAUUGGAUCAUCACCAAUGAUCCAACGGCCCCAAAUGUUCGAUCAUAGGUUGAGUCGAUGUGUAACCAAGUAAAAUAAGCUAUACCCAGCAAGCGUUGCAAUAAAUAUCUAUGAUAUUACCAUCUGCUGUAAAGAUCGAAAAAGUGACGGACUCCAUUUCAUAAUAAAUAAAUUGUAUGGCGUCGAUUUCAUAUUU